AUGUCUUCCGCUAUUUCGUCGACUAGGGUCGUGCUGGACGGCGCUGUCGGGCCUGCGACGAUCAUCUACUCUCAGACGUCGGGCAAGAUCGUCGCCAUCGUCCCUUCGGUGCUGGACGCAGAGGACCCGCUGCUGUCCAGAUACGACGUCGAGUCGUACCGGGAGCUGGCGCCGCUGGUGAUCAUGCCGGGAAUCGUCGACUCCCACGUGCACUUGAACGAGCCCGGCCGGACCGACUGGGAGGGCUUUGCGUCGGGGACGCAGUCGGCGGCCUCCGGCGGGGUGACGACGGUCAUAGACAUGCCCCUCAACGCCAUCCCACCCACAACCAACGUCAAGAACCUGAACAUCAAGCUCGAGUCCGCAAAGGGCCAGAUCUGGGUCGAUACGGGCUUCUGGGGAGGCCUCGUGCCAGACAACAUCGCCGACUUGGUGCCCCUCAUCAACGCCGGCGUGCGGGGGUUCAAGGGGUUCAUGAUGGACUCCGGCGUGGACGAGUUCCCCAUGGUAACCCCAGCCUACAUCGAACAGGCGCUGGCCACGGUCCAGGGAAAGAGCACGAUGCUCAUGUUCCACGCUGAGAUGGACGGCGCAAAGGACGGCGACGCCCUCGACAACGAUGCCCUCGGGCAAGAACAGUGCUGUGCCAACCACGGCCACUCCCACCAGACAUACGACGGCUUGACAAGCUCACAGGCCGAUGCGUUGUCCAAAUCCCCGGUCUUGCACGCCGUGGAACCAUUGUCCGGAAAUAUUUCCAAGCUGAUCAACAAAGAGGCCUCUGCCAACAUCGACGACCAGCUAGACGACAUCACCCCGCUAGAGCUAGCAACCAAAAACGCUUCCGUUCUCGAGACAGUCGACCCUACAGCAUAUUCUUCCUUCCUUGCCUCCCGUCCGGACUCUUUCGAGUGCAACGCCAUUCACCACAUCAUCAAGUGCCUCACCAAACAGCCAACAACAAAGGUGCAUAUUGUGCAUUUAGCCACCCACGAGGCUUUACCUAUGAUCAAGCACGCCAAACAGACUCUGGGACUCCCAUUGUCCGUCGAAACGUGUUUCCAUUACCUAUCGCUACGGGCAGAAGACAUACCGAACGGCGCUACCCAGUUCAAGUGUUGUCCCCCUAUCAGGAAUGACAACAACCGUCGUUUGCUUUGGGAUGCGCUGAAAAACGGCCUCAUCACUUCGGUCGUCUCAGAUCAUUCUCCAUGCACCCCCGAAUUGAAAGGUCUGGAAAGAGGUGAUUUUUUUGAAGCAUGGGGAGGUAUUUCCUCUGUCGGAUUCGGAUUACCAUUGUUAUGGACGGUUGGCAGAGAAGAAUUUGGCAUUGAUAUUACGGACAUUGUACAAUGGUGUUGCGUUAAUACGGCAGAACAGGUUGGCCUAUCACACAGAAAGGGACGCAUUUCUGUAGGUUACGAUGCAGAUUUUGCUAUUUUUGACUCAGAAAUGACGUACACCGUUGCAAACGCCAGAACCUUCUUCAAAAACAAGCUCACAGCUUUCGAUGGCAAGACUUUGACAGGUAGAGUUGUCGAAACUAUUCUUCGUGGUAACUCCAUUUACGCUCUAGGUAAGGGCCUAACUGAAGUUCCCCUCGGUAACUUGUUGCUAGAACCAAGAACCGAUUAG